UAUCGCGAGAUUACAGUUAUGUCAACGUCGUACGUGGCUACAGACCCAAACAGUGUAAGAAGACUCCGCCAGGAAUGCAUCAGCAAAAUGCGGAGUCUACCGGUCAACACGUCAAAUACAGUCCCCGACGUUUGAAACUCUGAGUUUUGCGCAUAAAGCUUGAGGUGAAGGGCUGAAGGUUAAACUAAUCCUGCGUUUGAAUAAUUUAUUUGACCCGUUAGCGUCAGUAGCUACAUUUGCACUGUGCCAUUCCGUGAGGCACUUGUUUGUCUAUAGGAAGGCAGCAUGGCAGAUAUCGAGAACUCCUUUGAAUUUGGCUCAUCUUUGACCUGCUCUUCGCUGCCUCCCCCACGGACCCGAAUCUUUAAAAUCAUCGUGAUCGGAGACUCUGGAGUUGGCAAGACUUGCCUCACCUAUAGAUUCUGUGCGGGCAAGUUUCCAGACAAGACUGAGGCCACUAUCGGGGUGGAUUUUCGGGAGAAGGUUAUUGAAAUAGACGGAGAGAAAAUCAAGGUCCAGUUGUGGGACACCGCAGGCCAGGAGCGCUUCCGAAAGAGUAUGGUGCAGCACUACUACCGCAACGUCCACGCUGUGGUGUUUGUCUACGAUGUCACCAAUGCCGCUAGUUUCCGAAGCCUUCCAGCGUGGAUCGAGGAGUGCCGUCAGCAUGCCCUGGGUCAAGAGGUGCCCAGAAUCUUGGUUGGCAACAAAUGUGACCUGCGCCACGCUGCUCAAGUAAGCACAGACGUAGCGCAGCAGUUCGCCGAUGCACACUCAAUGCCUCUGUUCGAGACUUCUGCCAAGAACCCCUAUGGAAACGACGACGGUGGUCGGAAUAAUAGUGACCACGUGGAAGCCAUUUUUAUGACAGUGGCGCACAAGCUGAAAUCUCAGAAGCCACUGGUGUUAAGUCAACCACCGUGCAGAUCAGGAGAUACUGUCACUCUCAGGAGGCAGGACGAGGAGGACAGGGGAACAUGGGGCUGCGGUUGUUGAAGGAGCUAAUGAAGGAGUCACCACUUUACAGGAUGGAGUUGACAAAGGUGAAGCACCUUUUAAAGAAGCAGAUUCAAAGGCACUUUUGUGUCAUCUGUGAAGGUCCAGGUCAAGGGUUGAGGACACAGUAACAUCUAUUCUCAAGAUUUCUUUUUGUAUCUGAUGUGCAGAAUCUGGCCAUUAUUUUAAAGGGAAAAAACCUUCGUCCAUCACUCAAACCAGAGGCUUUGAGAAGUUGCAUGUAGGCCCAUCUGCCUUACAUAUACUGUUCAAGCUUUAUCCGUUGUGUCAGUCUGUCUAGUUCAUAUCAUAUGCCACUGCCAAACACUCACUACAUUUGCCUACUAGUUUUAGCCAGUUAUGCAGUUCUGUAGGUGAAUUGAACGAUGAAAUCAUCGUACGCAACAUGUUGCUUUUUUCAUCAUAUUUUAGAAACAAUAUUUUGCCACAAUUACAUAAACCGUUCUGUUAAAUCACUUCAGCCUCCCAGGUGAAUCUGGUUUAGUCUGUGUGUUUGUUCUCAUUCUAUCUCACCCACACACACUAAAUGCAGGUUAUUUAUUAGUGCUGCUAAUAGGUUUUAGACAAAACGAGGGAUGAAUUUAAAAGAAAAAAAGCUGAUAUCCUUGCCUUUCUGAAAAAGCCAGUCCUAGUCCACUGCCAUUGUUUUAUUUUUGCCAAUUUAUUUCUUCCUAACAGUCAGUCAUCUGGAUAAAAUCUCCUUUAAAGACAUCUGGGUUAUGCAUGAUAACCAGUCCUUCCUGUGAAUCAUGUUAAAAUGUAGGUAAGUUAGGUUAAAAAAAAGGGACAAGAAUUGGCUGACAAUAUUUACUUCAGUAUCUACAGUCAGGUUUUGUAUGUAGUACUGCUUUGUUAGGCAAAAUGAAAAUGAUCUGUAGUGUCUAAUCGCAGAUUAGUACGAGCAUGACAUAAAUCUGAACAAAAGGUCUGAUAUCAGUGUGUAUUUCAGUAUGUAAUCUGUCAGUACAAAUAUACAGAUAUGCUAAUGACUAAAUUGUCUUUCCCUUCGGCUAUCUUCUUUCCAACACUGAUACGCAGAACGGAGUUGAAUCCAUUACAGGGAAUAUUCACUCAUGUCAUUAUGUAACCACAGCUGGUCCUGUGGAGUGCAUGAAAGAAGCUCAGGAUAUACAUGCUUUAUUUGUUUUAUGGGAAAUUGCCAAAAAGAGGGUUUGCAUAUAGAUUCUGGUAAAUUUUUUGAUGUAGGUUUUGUAAAGGGCCUGAUUAGCUGAUGCUUUGCAUUGUUUGAUUCAGGUACAAUAAUAGGGGAGCAUGUGAUUAGUUGAGGAAUUGUGCACAGUUGAUGAUGGCUCUUAAAUCUUUAAAUGCAACAUAAAUGCAUACUAAGACUUAUCUGUUUGUGCUUAAUGAUUUGAUCCUGGGUGCUUACAGAAGGUUUAUAUCUUAUUUGUCUGCCAUAAACAUCAUGAGCAUUCAUGAUUUUUGUAGGUUCAUGCUGAACUGGUCUUGAUAAAAACAUACUCUUGGUCUGGAUUCUCUUCAUUGUUGUCUGUACUGAUUUUUCUCUUUUCAAGUGUCAAGUUUCAAUUGUCACUUUUCACCAUUUCAAGUGUCCUUCAGAAUUUAAUUCUGUAUUUUUUUUUUCUGUUUUCAUUAACACAAUAACACCGUUAACAAUGUAAAAUAUGAGCAGAUCUCAAAAAUCCACAAAAACAAUGUUACAGCUGGAAAUUUCCAAAUGCAGAUAAUAUAUGGAAGAUUAUUAACAUGCUUGUUACAUUUUUGUUAUUUGUAAUUGUUUCUUAUUCUUGGGAUAAUUAUGCAUCUUUGCAACCGAAGUGUAUGAGCCAAUUCAUGGUAUCAGGUCAGCAGUUGAUAAAAUAACACCUUGCUGUGCCUGAACUCAAACAUGCACAACAUAUCUUUACUAGUCAUUUGUCUGAUACAACUCAUGCCUUUAAUGUUGGUCAGUGAGUGAUAUAGUUUUGAGAAAAUAAACAAACCAUCAAUCCACUAUAAUCAAAGGAGUACAAAAGAAAUCAAUGCUUGUGGUUUUGGUUUUAACGGUUUCAAUGUUUUACUAAAAAUAAAGU